GCAAAAAUAAAUUUGACACCGUACCCCAACGAAAUGCCUGAACCAGCGAAGACUGCGCCCAAAAAGGGUUCCAAGAAAGCUGUCGCCAAGAGCGUCAGCAAGACCGGGAAGAAGAAGAGAAGGACAAGGAAGGAGAGCUAUGCUAUCUACGUGUAUAAGGUACUGAAGCAGGUCCACCCCGAUACUGGUAUCUCUUCCAAGGCCAUGAGCAUCAUGAACUCCUUCGUCAAUGACAUCUUCGAGCGCAUUGCUUCCGAGGCUUCCCGUCUAGCUCACUACAACAAGAGAUCCACCAUCACAUCCAGGGAGAUCCAGACCGCCGUGCGUCUCCUGCUGCCCGGUGAGCUUGCCAAGCACGCCGUGUCUGAGGGUACCAAGGCCGUCACCAAGUACACCAGCUCCAAGUAG